GUCUUUUCCUUUCUGUUUCUCUCUCAGUCCCGCGUUGUUCCAUAGUUUGGAGAUCGGCACUCGCUUGCUAGAGUAACGGCGAUCGUCAUCCUCAAGUACCUUCACUCGCAGAUGGAAGGUGAUACAGAGGGGAUGAAACUCGACCACGCCGAGAACGGAGGAGGCUCUGUAGGGGGAGAAGGACAGAAACCAGCAGAGGAAGGCGUACACCGGCAUCCCAAGUGGUAUUUCUCCGACGGGAGCAUCGUUCUUCGCAUCGAAAAUACACUGUACAACCUCCACCAGUCUUUCCUCUCCUGCUCCUCCGUGUUCAGGGGGAUGUUCGCCCUUCCUCCUUCUGCGGAGCAGGAGGGCGGCUCGGACGAGAACCCCGUAGUGCUCUCCGAAGAUCGGGCCGAAUUUGACGUGCUCCUCGAGUUCCUCUACCCUUCACUGGACUUCUCCAUCUCCUCCUACGCGAUGGACACGCUCUGCAUGCUCCUGCGCCUUGCGGACAAGUACGAUUUCGCCGAUAUACGCAUGCACGUCGUCCAUCAGCUCCUGGCACCGGUUAACCCGCACAACCUGAGCUGGCAGCGUUCCCUCGACUUGGGGACGAGGCACGGUACUCCCCAGCUCGUGGUAGCAGGCAGCGUGGGGAUCUGCUUACAGUCCACGCCUCUGGACGUCGAGGAUCUGCGCGUCAUCGCCUAUGCCUUCCCGGAAGAUGACCGCGUUGCGGCGCUCCUGCACGCGAGGGACAAAGCGCGCGAUCAUCUCUAUACCAAGGCGUUCGCGGACCAUCACUCGCAAGUCUGCACAUCGGAGUGUCGCUCCCUCCAGCGGAUCAGCCAGCACCUGCGGGUCGUACUGCGUGACCCUGCUGUAUGCGGGGGGGAGAAGACGUUCCCGGGGGCUGUGAAGAAGCUCUUCCUGCGAAGGGACACGCAGGGUAUGAUGGGCCCUUCGCUUUGGAACUGCUCGAAAUGCGUCGAACAGGCCGAUGCGCUCGUCGAGCGGGUCCUGAACACUGCGGCGAUGAGGGAACUCGUGCAAGAGGUCAUGCCUUGGUGUAGGAGUAUCAAGCCGCUGCCGAGGGGUCAGGGGGUGUUGGUAUUGUAACGUGGUUUUUCACUUUGCUGAACUGGACAAUCUUCAAAUAAAUGAGAUUGAGAGUGAACGUGAUGGAUACAUGUACUGUUGAAUUUUC